AUGUACACUGGGGGUAUGGGAAAUCUCAUGUUUGAAUAUGCGUCUGCUUACGGCAUAGCUAUUCGCCUGGACAGAACAUUGGUGGUUGAAAGAACACCGAAAUUCAAUAGUUAUUUUCACCUUGACGCCAUCAGUAUUGACAAAUGCGUUGUCGAGGUAUCACAGGUAAAGAAUGUUUUUGCGAGAAGGUCUUCCUCGUUUGACGAGCGGCUUUUUCAUCUUCCUCCAGGUGAAAACAUCGCUGUCGGACUUUACCUCCAGUCUUGGAAAUACUUCGAGAACGUUGUGCCGCAACUGAAGAAACAGUUCACGUUUAAAACGCCAAUAUCCAACAGAGCUGAACGAAUCCUCAGAAACGUCACAGCCGAUUUCUUUAAAACACAACCUUCUGUCGGUGGCACUGCGAAAAACAUUACAUUCGUUGGCAUCCAUGUUAGGCGGGGUGACAUUGUUAAAUACAAUCACUUUAAGUAUUAUGGCUACAAGGCCGCUCCUAAACAUUACACAGACAAGGCCAUGCUGUAUUUUACUGAAAAAUUUAUAAAUGUUCUAUUUGUGGUGUGCUCCGACAAUUUAAGAUGGGUACAGGCUAACAUUAAACAUCCAAAUGUCGCAUUUGUACAUAGUCGUUCACCGGAAGUAGAUAUGAACGUGCUCGUCCAAUGUAACCACACGAUCAUUACCGUUGGCACCUUUGGUUGGUGGGCUGGGUUUCUGGCAGGGGGCAUAACUCUAUAUUAUAAGCAUCCAGCUCGCGAAGGUUCUCAGUUAAGAAAAAUGUUCUCCGAAAACUAUUCAGAUUACUUUUAUCCAGGUUGGAUUGGAAUGGAAUAG